CUAUGUCUUCCCGAACCUUGUCUGGGGACUCUGGAUGUUCAUCGGGGAUCGGCACAGGGAUGCCGGCCGCUCGUCUUGCCCGCCCAGUCUCCAUGGGUCGCUGUCUGGGUGGCCCUCUGGGGCUGCGGCUGCUGGGACCAUGACCUCGUCCCUGUCACGGCCGUCGUCUGGCGCCUGUGGCCUCUCCCCCCUCUCUCUUCUCGGGUGGUUGUCACGUGGCCCCUCCACACUACGCAAGCCCCCCCGCCCCCCCUGCCCCCCCUGCCCCCCUCUCUGGGGGGGCGGUAGGUCACGGCCCUCAGCAACAGCAGAAGAGCCCCCCCUUCUUCUGGGGGGGCGACUCCGACCAAUGGCCAUCCUGGUGUGGGUGCCAGUGGUGCGAGGGUGGUGGGCCGUUGGCGGUGUGGGCAGGGGAGGGCGGGGAGGAGCCGGCACCAUAUGGACAUUGUGCCUCGCCCGCUGGUGGGGCAUCUGUCGCGGUGGGGCAGGGGUCAUGCGGAGGGGAAGGUGGGCGGUUGGCGGGGGAGGGGCCAGUAGGUGCUGCUGGUGCUGCCGGUCACCGUGGCGCCCCUCGCUGACCUGCUGACACACAUAAUGUACCCACAGACAGAGAGCAUUCCGUGUGAUUAGGUGAUGCUCAUGGAGCACGCAGUACGCACACUUACUCGUGUUGGCUUUGGUAGGGGAGGGCGGGGCGGGGGCGGCACAUAAUGGACACGGCGGCGCAGCGGACUGCUGGCGGCCUGUAGAUGAAACACACAGAUACAGACACGUACAGACACAUACACAGGUCAGUCAGGUGAUUCGUUGAAUGCGUGUCAGUCACAUGAACCAUCACACAUCAUCUCACUCGUCCAGACAACUCACUCACUCAUGCGUACGUACGGACGGACGGACGGACGGACGGACGUACCUGUGCUCUGCGGUGGUCGACGCGGGAGGACCCCUUGGGAUGGCUCCUUGGCGAAGACCGCAGGUCGACCUCAACGGUGGCCAU